AUUUAAUAGUUAUUUUUUGUUGCCUCCUGGUUGUCCUGUUAAGUCAUGUUUGUAUAAAUAAAGUUAAUAUUAUUUUUAUUAUUAUUAUUUUUAUCUGGAUCCUGAGAACUUUGUGAAGCGUGAUCGCUUCUAAAGUGGUGUAAAAUAGAGUACUUAGUUACUUUGGGAGAUGUAUUUCCACUCAGAUCGAAGAAAUCAACGUGGCGCUGUCCCUUUAAGAGGCACGUCAUCGGUGUCGUAGCCUAGGAGAAGUUUUGUUUACUUCCGGGUUGUCAGGCUAGGAAAACAAGAGGGGCACCAACACGCCCACAAACACCGACCAAAGCGGAUUAAAGUCCCACAGAGAUGGCAGGGGAGCCUGAGGAUGAGAUACCGGACUCGGGGGCAGUUUUCACUUUUGGAAAGAGCAAGUUUGCCGACAACAUUCCCAGUAAAUUCUGGCUAAAAAACGACGUUCCACUGAAAAUAGCUUGUGGAGACGAACACACGGCCUUAUUAACAGAAAAUGGAAAACUCUUCAUGUUUGGCAGCAACAACUGGGGUCAGCUGGGUCUGGGCUCCAAACUGACCGUCAGCAAACCCACCUGUGUCAAAGCUCUGAAGUCGGAGAAGGUCCAGCUGGUGGCCUGUGGAAGGAACCACACGCUCAUCUGCACGGCUCAGGGAAAACUUUACGCCUCUGGAGGAAACAGCGAAGGCCAGCUGGGGCUCGGAGACUGCAACGAGCGGACGGCCUUCUGCAGAGUCGACUUCUUCAACUCACACGGACCGAUCAAGAUGCUGGCCGCCGGUUCCAACACCUCCGCUGCUCUCACAGCGAGCGGACGGCUGUUCAUGUGGGGCGACAACACCGAGGGUCAGAUCGGUUUGGGGAAGGAGAGUCAGGCGUCCUCGCCACAGGAAGUCGGCGUUGGACGACCAGUCAGCUGGGUGUCCUGUGGAUAUUACCAUUCUGCUCUAGUCACAGUGGACGGAGCUCUGUUCACCUUCGGGGAGCGGGACAGCGGUAAACUGGGUCUGGGCACCGACCAGCUGCCGGGACAUCGAGUCCCUCAGCUGGUGAAGAGCAUCAAGCAGAGAGUGAAGCAGGUGGCGUGUGGAGGCGGCCACACGGUGGCGCUAACAGAGGACGACGUCUACACGUUCGGCCUCGGCCAGUUCGGACAGCUCGGUCACGGGACGUUUAUCUUCGAGUCUCGGCUGCCCCGCCUGGUCGAACAUUUCAAGAAGGGUCGAGUCCGUCAGGUGUCCUGUGGAGAGAACCACACGGCCGUCAUCACAGACGGAGGUUUGCUGUACACGUUUGGAGACGGAAGACACGGAAAACUGUGUCUGGGAGAAGAAAACUUCACCAACCAGUUCAAACCGACUCUGUGUCCGCGAUUCCUCAAGUAUAACGUCAAAGCAGCAGCCUGCGGCGGCUGCCACAUGGUGGUGUUGGCUCGGCCGAGGGAUGACGGCUGCAGUGACGUGACUCUGGAGGACGACGACGUGACGGAGGAUUACCUGCAGAAAUCCUACGUGGAGCUGCUGGGAGACUCUGUGGACUCCUCAGCCCUGCAAAGGACCCUCUCUGCCCGGGUUCGCAGGAGGGAGCGGGAGCGAUCUCCAGACCAGUUCGGUCCCAUGUUCCGAACGCUGCCCGCCAUGACGCCCGGCUACCUCCAACCACCGCUGCCAGUCUCCAGCCAGACUAUCCCACCCAGACUUCCUCCAGCUGAGCUGAACCCCAGAAAGGUGCUCAACGGCACUCACCAACAUGGAAGCGCAGGGUCAAACCACCAGGCCUUUGAAGCUUCAAACCUUCUAACGCUGCAGAAUGGUGCUGUCCUGUUUCCAGAGCGUCCAGAGGCCGAGACCGGCAGCGUUGUGGAAAGUCUGACAGACACCGACAGCGUCAGAGGCCUUGGAGAAACCACAGACUUCCUCAACAUGACUCAUGUGGUGAAGAUGGACCCCGGCGAUAAAACACUCACUCUGUCUCCAGUUCAGAAGAGGAAGGGUAAGAGUGGCAAGGCUGAGAAAGAGCAGAGUCAGAGAAAGGAGAGAAAACCCUCCAGGCACAGCAGUUUCUCUUCGACGUCUCGUAAGAGCGACGUCGCCUCCUCCCCUCGCCGGGCGCUGCCCACCGAGCUGCUGAGGGGCCACGGCGCUCCGUCUGAGAAGAAAACCAAACAGAACAAAGAGAACUUGAUCCUGGCCGUGGAGGAGCUGGGCAGGAGGUCCGGUAAAAACAAACCUCCGAGCGUGGCGAACAUCAGCAAGGCGGCGUCCAAACAGCGUCACAAACCAGUUCUGGGUAAAAACCAGCUGAUCGGGGUCAGCAGGAAGCUAGACGCAGAAUCAAAGAAAGUUUUAGGCGGCAGCUCUGAAUCUGUAGCGUCAAAAGUUAAGGAGAAGGAGUCUAAAGCGGUGAGGGUUAAAGCCAAACCAUUAGUGGUGCAAAGCAAACGCCAGGAUUCAACUGCUUCUCAUCGGAGUGAUGCAGGAAGCGACACGAAACCUAAAGCGGAUCUGUCCAAGAAAUCCAAGAACGAGAAAAACCGAAAAGAAGCUCAGACCGAAAAGGGGUCGCCAAAUCUCGGUCUGCUCGCCGGGGCCGCCUCCCUCGCGGCAGGGUCGAUUUUAAUCCAAGAAGCGGUGAGUUGCUUCAGCACGCCGUCGCCGUCGGAGAGCAGCCGAGGGUUCCUCAAGGACAAAUCGAGAAGCGACGAGUCGGACUCCUUCGCUCUGAGCAACAAAUCUGCCGUCAGCAUCAACAUCAUUCCUGCUCCUGAGAGUCCCGAAGAAAGCCGGAGCGAGAAGGAGGCGAGUCAAAGCGAGACGCCGACGGACUCCACAGCCGCCAAACAGCAAGAGGAGGAGGAUGAAGAGGAGGAGGAAGGCCAGAGGACGAGUGCAGACGUCAGCGAGGAAGAGGAUGUUAGCCACAGCACUGAGAAAGCAACAGAGGAUGAAGAGAAAGAGGAAGAUGAGGAGGACAGUGACACUCUUCAACCAGAAGACCAGUCAGAUUCAGACAAGGAGGAAGAUGAGAGCGCUGAGGAAGAGGAGGAGGAAGAGGAGAAAACCAGUGGGGCGACAGGAAGCGAAGACGACACCGAAGAGAAAGAAAGCAAAGGAGGAGACGUGGAGGAGGAAGAGGAGGAGAGUGAGGAAGGGUCGAGUCAAGAGACAGAAAGUAGAGGAGGAGAGAGUGAAAAUGAUGAAGAUGAGGAGGAGGAGGAAGAAGAGGGGAGUUUGGAAAGUGAAGGCGAGGAAGAGGAGAGCGAAAGUGAGUCUUUGAAGUCUUCAGAGGAAAGAGAUGAAAGCGAGGUAGAAGAAGAGGAAGAGGAGGAGGAGGAGGAAGAAAAAGAAAGUAGUGCUGAGGAGGAAGAGGAGGAGAGUAGUGAAGAAGAAAAGAGUGAAAAUGAGGAGAGUGAAGAAGAAGAAGAAGACGAGAGUAAAGAAGAAGAAGAGGAGGAGGUGGGAGAGGAGGAAGAAGAGGAAGAGGAGAGUGAAAAAGAAGAGCAAGAAGAGGAGGAGGAAGAAAGUGAAGAAGAAAAGGAAGAGGAGAGUGAAAAAGAAGAGCAAGAAGAGGAGGAGGAAGAAGAAGAGGAAGAAAGUGAAGAAGAAAAGGAAGAAGAGGAGGAAGACGAAAAUGAAGAAGAAGAGAAUGCAGAAAGCAGCAAGGAUGAUGAAGAGGCUGAAGAAGAGGAAGAAGAAGAAAAAGAGGAAGAGGAGGAGGAAGAGGAAGAAGAGGAGGAAGAAGAGGAGGAGGUGGUUAAAAAGAAAAAGUCAAAAGAAGUCAUAAGACAAAGUACGAAAUCUGCUAAAACUAGAAAGUCGGGGGUCAAAGGUCAGGCAGCAGGAGAGUCUGAGGAGUUCUGGGACGAUGUUUUACCUCAAUACCUCUCUCUGAAAGAUUUGACGUGGAGGAAAGGCGAGGAGGUGGGAGACGAGGACGAGGAGGAAGAAGAAGAGGAGGACGCUGAUGAGGAUGAAGACGCAGAGGAAGAGGAGAACGACACAUCUGCAUCGUCGACAGAGAAAUCAACAGAGGAGACGCAGAAUUCUACAGAAGAGCUGAAAGAAGAGUCUGUACCGGACGGAGAGCAGAAAGCAGCUGAAAUCAGUGAGAAUCCUGAAGCUACAAGCGAACAAAAGACAGACGACGACAUCAAACCAGCCAACGGGACGACGGACGGCGACUCUAAAACCCAAUCAGGCUCCAACAAAAAGCUCUCUCUCUUCAGACGACUGUCCUCCUCCAGGUCCAGGCAGGCAGACGACGAGGAUCCGGCCCCAGCCGAGGCUCCCGUCCAGGAGGAGCCUCCAUCUCCAGCCGGGACCCAACAAGGAGGAGGUCUGCAGAGAUCUGGAGCCAGAGGGCCUCGAUCUGGAGCCUGCAACCUGCUGUAACGGCAGGAAGCGAACCCUCAGGUGGACUCUGGGAAGGUGUGAAAGCAACCAGUGUUGAGCUGCAUCGUCCAACGACAACAAACCACCAGGAACAGGCUGAGAAAGACCUCAUCUGGGCUUUUUAAAGGAACACUCCACUGAAAAUCUCACAAAAUCUGCAUCCAGACUUUUCACCGACUCUUAACAGCAGCAGUAGGACCUCCAAAGUAGGAAUUCAGAGUACAAAAGAUGUUUUUUAGAUCAAUUAUCAGACACUGAUGGGAUUCAUCUCCACUGUAUUUACUGUAUUGUUUACAGUGGACCAAACUAGCGAGCUGAAGUUACAGAGAACUGAUUUUCUUCCUGUUUAGUUCCAGAUUUUACGUGAAACCCUGCAGUUAGGCCUCCGUUACCAACGGUUACCAACAAUUCAUCAGUUAAAUUUCAAAAUGACCCACAAAAGACACAAAAUGACCCACAAAUAAUGCAAAAGGACCCAGGAAAUCCACAUGACCUACAAAGACACAAAAUGGCAAAAAUGCAAAAACGACAAAAACGUUGCUCAAAACAAUGAAUUAAGCGAAACACAAAAUGGCAAAAAUAAGACAAAAACACAAGCGAGACAAAACGACAAAAACGUGAGACAAACGACAAAAGAAGACGAAGACAAAAAAAAUACCAAAAAAUACCAAAAAAAGACUAAAUAUUUCAAAAAUGAGACACAAAGCGACGAAAGUGAGAAAGAAAAAAUGAGAGAAAUGACCAAACAAAAAAGGGCAAAUAAUUAGACAGAAAAGUUGUAAACCGACAAAGAAAUGGACAAAUGACAAAAGCAAGACAAAAAAUGACACAAACAACACAAACGAGACAAAAAGGAAAAACAAAACGACAAAAACACAACAGAAAAUUACAAAAACAAGACAAAAUAUUACGAAAAUGAGGCACAAAGUGACAAAAAAAUAGACAAACGACAGAAAAAAGAGACAAAAAAUUUGACAAAAAGCUACAAAGCGACAAAAAAUAGACAAAUUACAAAAACGAGACAAAAAAUAACAAAAAUGAGAAACAAAACGACAAAAAAAUGGGCAGAAAACACCAGGGAGACAGAAAGGAAACACAAAAUGACAAAAACCUGAAACAAAACGAACGACAAAAGUCAAGAAGUCGGUCCAAAAAAGACAAAAAAACAAAAUAUUACAAAAAUGAGACACAAAAGAACAAAGAACAAUCUAGAAUUUCACUUUAUGAUCAAAACAACUUGUCAUGAACUAGAAAUUAUUUUUUAAUUUGUAGUUUUACAUAUUUACAAAACAUAGUUAAUGUCUUCUCUGUAAGUUUUACUCUCUACAAAAUUGGCCGGAUUGGACCCUCUGGAGGGCCGCUUUUGGCCCACGGGCCGCAUGUUUGACACCCCUGGUCUAACAUAUAAAACCUGCAAAUAUUCACAUUUUGAAAGUCUAAAAUUAGCAUCCGUGCUCAAAAAGAACACAUCAGCCACUAAAUAAUUGAACUAAACCAUGUAGAGGAGUUUCUGUGAAUGUCUGGAUGCUUUAGUCUCCACCUGGAUCCACAUUUUACAGAUUUUAUGUGGAGUAUUCCUUUAUUUCUUGCUGUAUUUAGUUUGUUUGUCCGUGUUUGGAGCCACCAGUGAGAUCACCCACUACCAGCUGAGCCUCCUCCUGCACCAGUGUGACCAGUAGCUCCCCGUUACUGGCUGCUUUUUUUAAUCUUUUAAUGGUUCUGUGGCACAUUUUUAUCUCCAGCAGCUGAGCCUCAACAUGUGUGUGUGUGUUUGUGUGUUUUCAAACUGUGAGGAUGUAAAUAGGAUUAUUUAUUGCAACGUGGUUCCGGAGCACUUUUUGCACUUUUGACCUGUUCGCCUUUCAGAGGAGACGCAUCGGUUUUAUAUUCACACACGAUAAUCUCAUUUAAGCUUUUUAACGUUUGGAUUUUUGUGAUAACAAUAAAGAAUUUUGAUAUGAA